UGUGUGUGUCUGUGUCUUUUACCUCAGUCGCAAGUUAUUUACAGGCAAAGUCAAAUGAAGUAGCCAACAUGUAUGAAGAAAAUGUUAACGUUGAAGUUAAAUGAAUGUGUGUGUGUUUUUUUUUAAUAAAAAUAGGAAAAAUAAUGGGUCCAGAGAUUUCUGGUGCACAUUCAAAGUUAUUUUCUGUGAGAGGGUCUUGAAGUUAAAUUCUGUUUUCUAGUUUUAUUUUCACAAAAUGUGCAAAACUAGAGGUCCACACUUCCACAGUGUAGAGUGAAGUCCUCUGUCAGUAACAUAGGUAUGUAUGUUUGUGGUCAGACAGUGGUAGGUUUGUGACUAAAACAUCUAUGUCAUGAAUAUUUUACACUUCAUGGUCACUGAAUGAAGAUGAUGAACUCUUCUCAUGUGUCACAUUUCACUCUAGGUGCCUAUUCUGAUCCUGGCCUGUAUACACAUGUGAUCUUUGUGUUUGUGCUUUGUUUCUACCUGUUAAUCAUUGUUGCUAAUUUGCUGCUGAUUGUAGUUAUCUGUAUGAACAGAAGUCUACAUGAACCUAUGUACGUGUUUGUGUGCAGCUUGUUUGUAAAUGAACUGUAUGGCAGUACAAGCUUGUUUCCAGCACUGCUGCUUCACAUUCUCUCUAACAUUCACACCAUCUCUGUUCCUCUAUGUUUCCUGCAGAUUUUCUCAGUUUAUUCGUAUGGUAGCAUCGAGUUCACCAACUUGGCUGUCAUGUCGUACGACCGCUACCUCGCCAUCUGUUACCCUUUGCAAUAUAAAGCACACAUGACAAGCAGUAAAGUUUUCCUGCUUAUUGCUGGAAUAUGGUUUCCUCCUGUUGUCGCUGUUUCUGUGACAGUGUGUUUGACAUCGUCUCUGCAUCUCUGUGGAAACGUCAUUGACAAAGUUUACUGCGACAAUUACGCCAUCAUCAAAUUGUCCUGUGGUGACACAAGAGUCAACAAUGUCUAUGAGCUGAUUGCGACAUCACUCACUGUCUGCGCUCCCUUGUCCGUCAUUGUCUUCUCAUACGUAAGGAUUUUAAAAGUCUGUUUCUCUGGUUGUAAACAGACAAGACAGAAAGCAGUCAGCACCUGCACACCUCAUCUGGCCUCACUGCUCAACUUCUCCUUCGGGGUUUGUUUUGAAGUUUUACAGAGCAGGUUUGAUAUGAGCAGUGUCCCUAUGAUUCUGAGAAUUUUUUUAUCUUUAUAUUUUCUCACAUGUCAGCCGCUGUUCAACCCUGUCAUGUACGGACUCAAGCUGUCCAAAAUACGUCAUGUCUGUAAACAUCUGCUGCUCAGCAAGUGUCACUCAUCAUUCAGCAUGUUUGAACAGCUUCAGUAUCAACAACACAAGGGACAAUGAUAAUGAAAACAACAACAAUAAUAAUAAUGAUCAUAAAAAGUCACAAAACCUCCAGUGUUGUGUCCCAGUGCUUUUGCUUUACUAGUUAUGGUUUUAGAUAUGCAUUAUUUUAUUGAUUAUGAAUUAAUUACUAAAUUAAACACUAUCCAUUAAGACAGCCUUUCUCAUAGUGUGGGCCACGUCAGCGACCCCUAAUUGUCUGCGAGGUGAUAAGCAAGUAACAUCAUGUUUUAAAAUUUAAAAGG